AUGGCACAGAAUGACAAGUCGGCAGCUCAUCUGACGAUAACCAGCGACCAGGUCAAUUAUUUGGUCUAUCGCUACUUAUUAGAGUCGGGCUUCACUCACUCUACAUUUAGCUUCCAACAAGAGGCCGCCAUCCAGAAAUCAGAGAUAAAGGGGGCUCUAGUUAGACCUGGAACAUUAAUUGCAUUUCUUCAAAAAGGAUUGCAAUAUACUGAAGUCGAAACUCACAUCAACGAGGAUGGAAGUGAAAAGAGAUGUAAUGCCCCAUUCUCGCUAGUACUGCCACAUAAAUGUGCAAUAUUACCUGACGAACCCGAAACAAGGAAGAGACCAGUCAAGCCUGCACCAUCCCAGCAUCAACCCUCCCCACAGCAAUCAUCAAAUCAGCCUGCUUCAGCUAUACCGCAACAGCAACAACCAUCUUCAUCGUCCUCGUCCUCAUCAACGACAAACAAUAACAAUGGUAAUAACAUAACAUCCAACAACAACAACAAUGCACCGCCCAUCAACAUAAAACCACAACCUGCUAUACCGCCAAAUCAAUCAAAUCAUCGCCCGAGCAUUAGUGGUGGAGGUGAUUCAGACAAGGAAGUCAAUACCAACAAGAGGGAGAGAGAGAGGACGAGAAAGUCGGAUCAAGGUACUGGAGACCGAACCAAUGCUAAGAGAAUAAGGAGGGAUGCCGAAACUGGCUCACCAACAAACACAAAUGCACCAAACAAACAAAACCAAUCAUCAAACUUUGAUCGAGAAGAUGUCAUAGUGGAUGUAAUGGAAACAAAUGGUGAUCGAAUGGCCAUAGAUCUGCCGGAAGAACCUGACUACCUGACCAUUCCAGAAAACGCAAUCACCAGACUUGAAGGUCAUGGAGGUGUCGUGGCUGCAUGUAGUUGGAAUUCUACUUAUUCUGCUUCUCUUGCUACUGGAUCCGCCGAUGGAACUACCAAAAUUUGGAGUAUACCAGAUAGGCCUGGUCAAUUGAGUCAGCCGCCUACUACACUUGUAAAUAAGGAGGGCAACAUUGCUGAAACACAACAUGUGAUAUCAUUGGACUGGAAUCCUGGUGGUGACAAAUUGGCAACUGGGUCAAUGGAUGGAGUAGCUAGAAUAUGGUCGCGCCAAGGUGGACUGCUGCAUGUCUUUACAAAACAUACAGAGCCGAUCUUGUCAAUCAAGUGGAACAAGAAGGGCGACCUCCUGUUGACGGGAUGCAGAGAUAAAAGUGCCAUUGUGUGGGACUCUGCAACUGGAGAGUGUCGACAGCAGUUCGAGUUCCAUACAGAUUCUGUCUUGGAUGUGGAUUGGAAGGACGACACCACUUUUGCAACCAGCUCAGCCGACCAUACCAUAUUUGUAUGUCAGUUGGGUAUGCUCGAACCACUACAGCAGUUUAGAGGGCAUGACAUGGACGUGAGUUCCAUAAAAUGGGAUCCCACAUACACAUAUCUAGCUUCAGGUUCCGAGGACAAGACUGCCAAAGUCUGGCAUAUUGAUCAAGAAGAGCCGUAUAGAGACUUUAGAGAUCACGCUGGUGAAGUUUAUACUGUAAGAUGGUCCCCUGGAAGUGGAACAAUGCAACGGGAUGGAAUUAAACCGAGGUUGUUGGCUACUGCCAGUUUUGACACCACUGCACGUAUUUGGGAUGUAGACAAGGGCACUUGUUUGUAUUCAUUUGCGAAGCAUACUGGUGAUAUCUAUGGACUCAGUUUUAGUCCUGGUGGGUUGUUUUUAGCAACGGGAUCGCAGGAUGGGACGAUCAAAGUUUGGUCUAUGAAGGACGGUUCCUUGUUAAAGAAUGUCGAUGCUCAAGGACUCAUAUACGACAUUGCAUGGAAUUCGAGGGGGGAUAAGUUAGCAGCCAUCUUUUCGAACAUUGGGCACGUAAUGAUAGCACAUUUACCAGCGAGCGUGUUAAAUGCUAGAUAG